AUGAAAGGGGACAAAAAUGUGCAUAGCUACUACUACCAGAGGGAUCAUCUGGAAAAACAAGACCCAGAUUACAGAGACAGAACACACCUUUUCCAUGAGAACAUUCCUAGUGGAAAUGCCUCCUUGAAACUUAGUAACCUGACUUUGACUGAUGAGGGCCUUUAUAAGUGCUAUGUGGGAACACAGCAAACUGCAACGGAUGUGGAAGUCACACUGCGUCCUGGAGUCGAGAUUAACCAAAAUGACUUUUCACUGAUGUUGCAUGAUCUUACUACAAAAAACAGUGGAGAAUACCUGUGUAAUGUUUCAACACCUCACCACACAAAACUUACUGUGAGAACUUUGCAAGUUGUCAGCAGCUUGCUGUGGCAAAGGUCUCAAAACUGA